CAGUUUCGUGAGUCAGUGUUGACCUCUCAACCCGGUUGUAGUUGUUCCUUCCUUUCCUGUUUCGGCUCCGUAAAGAGAAGUACAUAGCGAUGGCACCUCGCAAGGGCAAGGAGAAGAAGGAGGAGCAGGUGAUCAGCCUGGGACCCCAGGUGGCCGAGGGCGAGAACGUCUUCGGCGUCUGCCACAUCUUCGCCUCCUUCAACGACACCUUCGUCCACGUCACCGACCUCUCCGGCAAGGAGACGAUCUGCCGUGUGACGGGCGGGAUGAAGGUGAAGGCCGACAGAGACGAGUCCUCCCCCUACGCCGCCAUGUUGGCGGCCCAAGACGUCGCGCAGCGCUGCAAGGAGCUGGGCAUCACCGCCCUGCACAUCAAACUGAGGGCCACGGGGGGCAACAGAACCAAGACUCCCGGACCGGGUGCCCAGUCCGCCCUCCGAGCCCUGGCUCGCUCCGGCAUGAAGAUCGGCCGAAUUGAGGACGUCACCCCGAUUCCCUCGGACAGCACACGCAGGAAGGGCGGUCGUCGUGGGCGACGUCUGUAAAGUGUUUAUAUUUUUCUGGGUCACUCAAUAAAACAUUGGUUCCACCA